AAAUGUAAUUUUGAAAACUUCUGCAAUUAGAAGAUUUGGUAAUAUGCAGAAGGGAUCCUCUGAGAGAAGGAUGAUUUCCUUUUUAUUGCUAGGACUCUGUCUCCUUUCUCUCACAUGGGCAACAGCUGGAGUUCAGUCAUCUGAUCAUUUGGUGGUGUUUGCCUUACCUAGAGACAGUAUUACUUUGCCAUGUGGCAUUCCCUCCAUUAGAUCCUGCUCCUCUAUUAACUGGACUAUGGCUGGACAGUUUGGAACAGUUACUGAGGUAGUGAAGGCUGGAAAAGUGACAGCUCCAAGCUUUGACGGGCUCAGCCUGCUGAGGGACUGCUCUCUGAAGAUUUAUCACCCUGCACUCGACAAUGCACGACUUUACUCUUGUGACAGUGGAUCACUCAAGUCAGGUGUUUUGCUCCUUGUUCCUGAGAUUGCUGAGAACCCAAAUCCUCAGGAUGGCAGGAUAGAGCUUCAGUGUUUCCUCAAUAAUUAUAAAGGACUCUUCCAAUGUAACAACACAGGGAUACAUAUCAAGUGGAGUACUGAAGAUAAUACACCAGUAACUGGAGACAGAUUUCAAAUCGAAAACCUCUCUGAAUGUUUCUCUAAACUGAUCAUCAAGAAAAAACUGACAGACCAUCACAGGAAAUGGAGAUGCCACAUAAGUCAGAAUGAUGUGGUUGAAGCUACCAUCAGCUAUACAACAACAAUAGCAGAUGGUGUAGAGGAAGUGUUUGCAGCAGUGGGUGAGUCAGUGUCACUCUCUUGUGGCAGCACUUCCUCUCUUGGUGUCAAUGCCAUUGUGGAGUGGGCUGUGGGUGAAAGACCACCAACGCGUGAUACCUCACCUGAAACAGGCCAAUCAGAGGGACUACACAUUAACAAAGACUCAUCAAUGUUCAUUACUAAAGUGAGCACUCUGAAUGCUGGGGACUACCAGUGUUCAAAUUCCACUGAUUGGAAAAAGGUGUUGAACAAAAUCAGACUACACACCCUCGACGUUAUUUCACAGUGUGGACCAGGAGGAGAGAAUCUCACCUUGACUUGUGUGUUGACCUGCACUAAAAAAUGUGACCAGGACUUCAAUUUAACUUGGUUUGGAAGUAGCCAAAAUGGCCGACAAACUGGUUCAGUGGUUAAGAAUAACUCUCUCAUAAACAGGCUAAUUUUUCCAGCUUGUUUGACCGGAUCGGAAGAAAUAACCUGCUCUGUGCAAAGAGAGGGUGCUGUGAUGGCGUCAAAGAAGUGGCGCUCUGUUAAAGCUUUGCAAACACCUGCGUGGCUAGCCCUUCCUCUAGGCCUCCUGACAUGUGUAGCUGCUGGGGUACUCUAUGUGUACAUGAAGAGGAAGCGCAACAAGGAUGCAGCGCAUGAACAGUCAAAUAUUGGAAUGACUCAUGUUUAUGAGGACAUUCAGGAUGUUAAUAAUGAGGAACUACAACAGCAAAGACAAUCUGACGGAGAGGCAGCCACCAUCACCACUGUAUAUGAUUUAGUACAAGCUGUAAACUAGAGCUAAACAUUCCACUACUAUCAAAAUGGUCAUCAAAAUAUGUUUUCCAACCUUGUUCAGUUCAGUGUCUGUGAUCAUUCAUUAUUCUGCAGACAUGGGUUCAAAUUGGAUAAAAGACUUUAUUGAAAGAUUACAGUGCAAACAUGUCUCCAUGUCAUUUAGAAUAAUACAGGUGAUUAAAUCUAUUCGUACAAAUAGGUUAAUAAGGACGCUGUUACUUGUCUUUUCAAGACAAAUUCAUACUCUUAACAGCUUAGUAGAUAUUUGUAUAAUGCAUAAGUGUAAGCAGGCAAUCCAGGUAAGAGAUCAAAUGCUUCAAUUUCACUGGGAAAAUCUUCUUUUUCUUGAGCGGGUUGAAAUUUGCUAAUAAUGGACUGUCAACAGAGGGGAGACACUGUUAUUUGGCUAUUCUGAUAUGAUAAGAAUUAAAAUGUGAUUUCAUCAUAGUUGCACUACUUACAAGUAAACAUGCUUUCACCCUCAAAAUGCUGGUACAGACUGUUGACUCUUUGGUUUGAGGGAUCUGUGAAAUAAAGUUAAAAAGCCAUCAGUGAGGUUGGUGGGGUCACAGAGGCCUGACGGAAAGAGGUAAUGAAAGAAACACGACGCUCACCGUACGAAGGCCCGAGGGUCACAUUCUCAUAAGAAUCAACAGACUGCGCAAGUGCACCUGAUUAACAACGAGAGAAAAAGCAACUAUAAUAACAUUACUACACACAAUGAGCAGAGGUCAAAGGUGAAAGAGCCUCUACAUGGACCAGACCUCUUGCUUUCCUCUGGCUCUGCUGUGUGAUUCUCUGGGUGUUAUGUCUGCGGUACACGAACACUCCUAUGAGUGCAGCAAUUAUGACGGCUCCGACGGUGACUGCAGCCACAGGCGCAAUAAAUGUGCCCCUGCUUUCUUCCUUCCUGUCUGCUCGUACAGUCUCACUUUUUGUCAGCGCUGAGGAAGACAGGAGAAAUGUGAGCAAAAACAAAACCACAACUGACCAGAGAUUAGUGAUGCCAAUGAUUAAUAUGUAAAAUAUCAAAAGUAAACAGACCUUUCUGAGUUGUUGUUGUAAUGAUUGGAACUGUUGUGACCUCAACAAAGCCCUCAACUUAAUAAAGGAAAAGUACAUAAAAGUUA